AUGAAUUUUUUAGCUCAAGAUGAAGUAUUAAAUGGUGACUCUCAACGUCGAGUACCAAGUACAAAUCGUCAACAUCUAAAUGAAACUAUUCGUCGACUUGCUAAACCAAAAACGAAUGCCAUUAUGACUCAAUCAAUACAUAUUGGUGCAAUAUCAUCAUCAACAUCAUCUAAUGGUAUUCCAUUAUCAAGAUCCAGUCAUCAACUUCGUUUAACAACUUCAUCUGUCGCUACAACUUCGUCUAAUAAUCGAAGGCAUAAUCCUACACGUCCAGCAACUGUUCCAACAUCAACUAAUGAAUCUCGAACAUCACCAACAGAUGAUUCUUCCAGAUCUGAUCAUAUAUCAUCAAAUAAACAUAUCUCACAUCGUUCUAAAAAUCCACCUUCUACAACAAAACCAUCCGCGAUCUCUACUUCUUCUCACUCUAGACAACCUAAUCAACGUUCUCUAAUGACUACCUCACAUUCAUCUUCUUCACUUUCAUCAUCAACAACAAAUAAACGUCGUAUUGCAAUAGUACCACCAUCAAAAUCAAAAUUAACAACUGAAAAUCAAUUAAUAACAACUAAUAAUGAAGAAGAAAUUCUACCGGUGAAUGAAGAAAGUUCUUCUGAACCAUUAAAUAAUGAUACACCUACAGAAACAACUAAUCCAAUUAAACGUGAACAACAAACAAAUGAUGAACAAGAAUAUCAACGUAAAUUAAAUCAAAAAAUUCGUGAAGCACAACAACGUUUAGAACUUGAACGUCAACGUGAAGAAGAACAAAAACGUCAAUUAGAAUUCGAAGAAUAUGAACGUGAACAAGAACAAAUACGUCUCGUUGAAGAACAACGUCGUGCUGAACAAGAACGUUUACAACGUGCUAUUGAAGAACGUGAACGUGAAAAUGAAUUAAAACGACAAGAAGAACAACGUUUACAACAGCAACGUGAAGAAUUAGAAAGAAAACAAGCUGAAGAAACUGAACGUCUGAAUCGUGAACGUCAAGAGAGAGCAAGAAAAGAAGAAGAAGAAAGAAAUGAAAGAAAAAAACGUUUAGAUUUAAUUAUGAGACGUACACGACAAAUUUCACCAACUUCUAAGCAGGAAAAUAAUACAACGAAACCUGCUAUCGAUCAAACAAAUGGACAUGAUCAAUCAAAUAAUAAUCCUUCGCCAACUAAUAUAAUCAAAUCUUCAAUACCACAUUCAAUAUCAGAUACUCAUUUUAUCACUUCUUCAACGGCCGAUUCCUUCCUACAAAAUAAUGAUUCAGUUGUAUCUCCGCCGAUAGCAACUACUGAUACACCAAAAUUUAAAUCACCAUUGAUACAAAGUCUUCUAAAUAAAGCACGAAAUACACGAUCGACAGAUAAUUUAAUACAAACAAGUAUGACAGCAUCACAAAUCAUGACUGAAAGUAUGAUUGAUGAAUCCAUAACAGCUGUAAAAUCAUCAAUACCAACUGAUCUUUCUGAUGAUGAUCAUCAAGAAAAUUCAAGAAUUAAUAAUACUACUAAUGGUCAUAGUGAUCUACACUUGUCUUCAUCAACAAAUUUAAAUUCAUAUCAUGAUCGUCCAAGAGAAGCAACAGCUGCUUUUCAAUAA